CAAUCACAGCGCUCGCAGUGUGGCCAGAGAUGCGUCAAAAGUAUUGUUGUUGUGUCUAUCAGCGGCGACGGUCACACCAGGACGCAGAGUAAUUUUGUAAAAAUGUCUUUUUCCGCCAUCGGCGAUUGCCAACUAGUUUCGCAAAUAUACCAAUACAAGAAGCACCGCGUCGUCUGCAGCGUCAAAGUUCUGCCGACACCUGUGACCCAUUUUGAGCGGGAACCGAAGAAUGUCUUCCAUUGGAUGACGGCGGAUCGCUGGAGCAGGAUUGAAAGUGGGCUGUGGCGUCUGUUCGAGAAUCUCAAGCAGUGGCAGGAUGCCUUCAAGCUGGACACCGAGCUCAUAAUCGAUCACAUCAACGUGCGCGUCCAGGCGACCGAUGAGCCGCAUCCUGCAACGCUUGCACUUCUGGCGGGUGCAGAGUCCAGCGCCAGGGAUCUCUGCCUAGACAUUCAGCUGCAGUACAUCACCCACGAGGACACCACCAUUGUGGGCGUCAUACCGGCCAAGCGCAAACUUGCCACGGAGGCAGAAACCAAUGGCACCAGACCCAUUCCCAGCAAGAGCGUGGUAGCAAACUCUGGAUCUAAGCCAAAAGCUGGAACACAAUCAAAGCCCAGGCACAUAGACGCUGACGAUGAAGAUGAUAAGAUAUCCACCCCGGCCAGCCAACCAACCAAGAUCAAACGCGAGCGAAGGUCCAUUUCCCAGGGUGCCCAAAAGGAUAAGGCUUCCAGCAGCGCCAGUUCCUCGCAGCAGAGCAACCGCAUGAAGCGAUCGCACAGUCCAGCGCAGCGGAAUUCCAGAGCCAGCUCGGUGGAGUCCAAGCCUGCACGCCGCUCCGGCCGAUCACCCAUACGCCCGAGUCGAUUUAAAAACUUUGUAGUAGGCGAGACAAAGAGCAGCAAGAGCAAAGGACCCAAGCCCAAGGUGAAACGGGUAUCGCCACUGCCUGCCAAGGGUUUCAAGGUGGAGCAGAUGGACGGGACACGAUUCGAUGCACUGCAGCGGCUGGACAGUAUGCUGGACAUGCCCAAGCCGCGCGAAGUUAAGAUUUUACUCUUGGAAAAAAUGGGCGAAGCCGAGGUCCUGAAUACGUUCGAGAACUAUCGCAAUGACUUCGAUAAGCUGUUCAAGGAGCGCGAGUUCAAGCCGCGCACCAGUCACUACAUGAACAUUGCCCACAUGGACAUAAUUGAUAUACUAAGCAAGGACAUUCAUCAGCAGAUGCUCAAGAAACUGGGCGAGGUCUACAGCAGUCGUAGCAACCACACGGCGCUCCUGGUAAACGGUCUGCUCCCGCUGUGGAUAGUGCGCCUCUUUAUGGACACGUACAAGCUAUCGCACUCGGAGGCCGUGCAGCAGAUCCGCGACCAAAUGAAGUACAACACUUACUUGAAGGCCCUGAACGAUGAGCCGCUGAGUUCCGACCUUGACUGAAUUUAUCCAUAUAUAAAAUGGGCACUUGUUUAAAUUCAUUUGUCUUUAUUUAGUUUGAUUGGAAUCCUUUCUGUACUAAGCAUAUUACAUUGUAUAAAUA